UCCGCUCACUUGGACGUAUAUAUAUUUAUAUUUAUUUAUUUUUAAUAAUGACAAUUUAAUUUAUUUAGAUAAUAGUUUUUUUUGUGACGACAAAAUGAAAGUUUUGAGUGGUGUUUUGUUUUUGUGUGCAAUUUUGGGAGCUGUGACGGGAGGAGUGUUACGAAAUGAUACAUUUAGACUAGAUAUUGUGCAUUACAACGAUUUUCACGCCAGGUUCGAAGAGACCUCAGUAAAGGACACCGUAUGCAAAACCAACGACACAGGGUGCCUAGGGGGGUUCGCGAGACUCUUCUACGAGAUCAAACACAUAAUAAGCCAGAAACCUGAUGCCCUUCUCUUGAACGCUGGAGACGACUUCCAAGGCACCUACUGGUACACUCUGAUGAAGGAUAAAGUGAUGUCCACCUUUAUCAAUAUGCUGCCUAAUGAUGCUCAUACUGUGGGUAAUCACGAGUUCGACGACGGAGUAGCAGGUCUGGUACCGUACCUGAAAGCACUCAAAGACCCGGUGCUGGUGGCCAACUUAGACAUCACUCGGGAGCCUUCUCUCCAGGGCUUGUUCCAGCCUCAUGUGGUGCUGGAGAGGAGAGGACGGAAGAUCGGCAUCAUUGGGGUUACUACGCCGGAUACCAAAGACUUAUCAAACUCGGAAGGCGUUAAAUUUCUGGACCCUCUACCUGUAGUCCAGAAGGAAGCCAAGCUGUUGACUGAUCAAGGAGUUGAUAUCAUCAUCGUGUUAUCCCAUUGUGGACUUUACGUUGACAAGGCAAUGGCAAAAGCAGUCGGUGAGAAUGUAGACAUCAUAGUCGGUGGACACACUCACAGUCUGCUCUGGAAUGGAACUGCUCCGAGCCAUGAAGAGGUGGCCGGCGGCUAUCCGGAGUAUGAAGAGGCUGACAACAGGCCGGGACACAAGGUCCUUGUUAUAACAGCUUCAGCGUACAGCAAAUAUUUGGGAAAUAUUGGUGUCGAUUUCGACGCCAACGGGGAAAUUGUAUCUUUUGACGCCGAUCCAGUAUUUUUAGACAGAAGUAUUCCUGAAGAUCCAAACAUAAAAGCACUUAUGAAACCUUACAUGGACCAGAUGCACAAAGCGAUAAAUGGAGUUAUCGGCACCGCCACUGACGAAUUCAGCAUGUGUGGGACUGAAGAGUGUGCUCUUGGAGACAUCAUUGCGGAUUCCUUCUUGGAUAUUGCGAAACAGAAAGCUCCAUCAAAUCUUACGUCUAUAUCGUUUAUUUUUAAUAAAAUGAUACGGACUUUUAUCGACAAAGGGGAUAUAACCCAAGGCGAUAUAAUGAACGUGCUACCUUUCGGCAGCGCGAUACUGUCAUUCACGAUACAAGGGAAAUUUAUAAAACAGGAGCUGGGACAAUCGUUAAAAAAGAAUCCAUUUAAUUUGCCUCAAGUCGGAGGUUUAAAACUAACCGUGAAUACAACUAGCAAAUCCAUCGAUUCAAUUUUAGUCAAAGAAGGGGACAAAUGGAAACCUAUGGAAGACGAAAAAGAAUACCAGUGCGUGACACCGCAAUUUGUGAAGGACAAGUCUGAGCCUUUAAACACCAACGCCAAAGACGUAGUAAACAUUGCAAAAGAUUGGGAGACUUUGACGAGUUACAUCAAACAAAUCACCCCUGUCACCUCCUCGUUAGACGGACGACUCAAAAUUCUAAGCUGAACGUUGCAUUUACUUUAAAACUUUUUAAUAAGGGGCAACUCACAUGGGAAAAGGAAUACCCAACUUAGGCCUCAGUAGAAAGCGAGCGACUCCUUGCAAAUUGUUUAGUUUUCGCAUCUGUAUUAAAAAUUAGUAUUGUUUUCAGCUAUUUAACACCAACGCCAAAGACGUUACUCAAUUGGGCGAAGAAUCUGAGGUGUUGACGAAUUACGUCAAGAAAAUAACACCCCUUAUUCCCAAGUAUGAUGGGAGACUCAUAGUUCAAAUUUGAAUGUGAUACUUUUAACUUAGUGUAAUAAAAUCAAUUAUUUGUCUCAUUUUCGAGACAUGUUUGUACAUAAUUUGUUUUAUUAUUUAUAAAAUUUACCCUUAUUU